AUGAGCCACAUCGAGGAAAAUAUCCGCUACUCUGGAGCUGCCAAUGAGGAUGGAGAGGAUGCUCAACGCAAGGCCCAGGAGAGAGAGGCCAAGAAGGCCGAGGUCCGCAAGCGUCUCGAGGAGGCCGGACAGAAAAAGCAGAAAAAGGGAUUCUUGACUCCAGAGAGAAAGAAGAAGCUUAGAAAACUUCUCAUGAUCAAGGCUGCCGAGGAUCUCAAGAGACAACAAUUGCUCAAGGAGCAAGAAAGAGUCAAGAUUCUCGCCGAGAGAACUAUUGCUCUUCCAAAUGUUGAUACUAUUGAGGACAAGGCCAAGCUCGAGGCCAUCUACAACGACAUGUUCGCUCGUCUGUGCUCUUUGGAGGAGGAGAGAUAUGACAUCAACUACGUUACCACCGAAACCGAGACCACCAUCAACCAGCUCAACAUUGAGGUCAACGAUCUCCGCGGAAAAUUCGUCAAGCCAUCGUUGAAGAAGGUGUCCAAGUACGACAACAAGUUCAAGAAGAUGGCCGAGGCUAAGAAGGAUGAUAACAGCAAGAACUUGAGAAACAAUUUGAAGACUGUGAAGAAGGAGAGCGUCUUCACUCAGCUUUCCAACCAGAAGAAAUCCGAGAAGCCAGAAUGGUCGAAGAAGAACAAGGAAGAGAAGAAGGAGGAAGUCGUCCCGGAGCCAGUCGCCGAGCCAGUGCAAGAAGAGGAAGCCGAGGCAUCCGAGGAGGAAGAUGAGGAGGCUGAUGAGUAA